AUGUCGUCAAUUCAAUCUGGUGGCGUAUUCGCUGUCCAUACGGGAAAUCUAAACAAUUGUCUUGAGUUGGUUACACGUCGUUACAAGAAUUCGGCUUCUGAAAUUACGGCCGCCUUUAAGUAUCUGGCUGCUCAGCAUUCGACAGUCAUUCGUACGUCAGAAGCCGUUUUCUCGCCAAAUAUCGAAGUAUUGCAUCAUCCUAUGACUGAUGUCUGCUUAUCUUCGUUUUCUGCCGAUGAUGUAGGAGAUGCUGUUCGAAUUGCACUAGAGACACUUCAACUCGGGACAUUGUCUCAACUUAUAGUGUCAUUCCCUCAUGAGGAAUCGGAGCACCAUUACGUCACACUGAUUCCGUUGUGCUACAAUUUGCCAUUUCAACAGCUUUUAUCUGACGACUUCCUUAAGGAACCCUUACUUAUUCUUCCUGCCCAUGGCGCCUAUCCAAUCUGCUUUUCUGUGAAGCAGUCUGAUCUUUCCGAUGACUGUUGGUUGCGAAAAGUGACUCCUAUUUGGUCAACCGUUGAGUCGCUAGUCAAAAAAGAAGUUGUUCAUUCAGUAGGAGUAUCAGAUCUCGACGUAGAUCGAUUACGGUUGCUUUCUGAAGCGGCUAAAGAAAGUCCGCCAACGAUUGACCACUACAGUAUUGAUGGUUGUUGUACGGUACCUAAGGAGUUAGUAGAUUACGCAAAAAGUCAUGACAUUCAACUGCUCACCCAUAACGAUCCCAGGAAUCUUGAACUAGAUGCAGACGUUAUUGAUUCAGUCGAUAAAAUCACUGGAUCUGGAAAGAAUCUCUCAACUAGAUGGGCAUCUCGCUAUACGAUAUGGAUACGAAGUCGAUCUGUAAUGGCUGCUAAAGGAUAUCUAGUCUCUUUUAUGAAACACUGA